UUUCCCUAAAGAAACGCCAUCUGGUGGUGGGUCAGCGCAUGACAGCGCAUGAGUGCGCAGUGCGCGCCUGUGUGUCUAGGCGCGCUCGUGCGCGCGCCUGACUCAGGACCGGGCCUGUGUCUCUGGGACCGUGUUUAUGGGUGAAAAUGUGUUAAACCAGUAUAAAUGUGCUUAGUUAAACUUGUGCUUUUGUAACGUUCAGUAUGGCCAGACAUACAGGGUGCAUGCCUUGUGGGAAAAGUUUAUUUCAAUUUAUAUGCAUUUGUUUAAUCCAAACAAAGAAAUUUAAAAUCAAACUCAGAGUCACAAAAAAACACUCGCGAUCUCCGCGGGUCCCACCCGAUCCUUAGGCAAAUAAGCAGGGAGAAACUCCUCAAAAACCCUCCGUGUUUUUUCUCCAAAACCCCUAGAAAUAACCUGUAGGCACCCUCCUAUCCCCAAGCCUUAUACUCGAUAACAGGGCAAAUCCUGAAACCAAAGCCUUAGUCUUUUUUUCUCAAAAAACAGCCCUAUCACUAGCUCCGUGUCUAAGUUCUUACUCGCGAUCCUUAGGCACAUAACCGGCGAAUCCUCCUGAAAAACAAAACAAAACAAAAAACCUCCACGGUUUCUCUCCAAAAUACACAAAACAAAAAACCCCUAGAAAUAACCUGUAGGGAACCCCGUAUACCAAAAACCUUAUACUCGAUAACAGGGCAAAUCCUGAAACCAAAGCCUUAGUCUUUUUUUUUCUCAAAUUCCGCUCAGAGUCUAAGUUCUCCCUUCGCUCCGAGCCGCACCGGCCCGCAACCAGAGCAGUCUCUUUUUCCUUAUUGUUCGCUCCACCAUCUACUGCUUAAUGAUUCUGGGUCUUCCUUUGAAAUUUGCGCCGGAGAUCCACUCCGCCUCCCAGGUAAACCUUACUGCCCCGCUGACAAUCACAUAACAAAGGGGCGGAUCCAUUCGCACCCUACUCACCCAAUUGGAUACAGGCCCGAUUUAUCUUCUCAGCGAUAGGUCUAUUCUCUCACCUGCAUCAGGAUAAAUAAUCUCACAUUUCAAGUUGAAUUUAACAGUUUUUCCCUCUCAGAAAAACAAGUUUUCUCCUUUUUUCACAAAACAACAUGGCCACCAGACCUACCAACCUCACUGUGGUCUCUCAGACCCCCGUAACCAGCUACAGAGCCUCUGCCACGCCAGCGCAACUCAGACGAUUGCAUCUCUGUAGGGUCCAACCUGCAUCUGCUAUCCCUUUGGAGGAGAGAUUCCCUCUCAACACCGGGGGAUUUUGGGGCUAUGCUUUCAGCCUCCCGGAGAGCCAAAUCUAUUUCUACCAGCUAAAAGCAGGUGAAAGUUUUGGCCCGCUGACACCACGGAUUGCUUUUAGCUCCUCUGAUUGGGCUGUUUUGACCCUCAUCGCGACCCCUGAAAUCCAGAAGAGCCUGCAGGAUACGAGCUCCCAGCAACCGCGAACAAGGGACCAAGAAACGCAGACGCCUCGUGUUUUCAAAGGGGCCCAUGCGUCUCCACCAUUCACCCAACAACACCGGCCUUUAAACGCGGUGAGAAAAACCGUGACAUAUGCGCAGUGUGAGACUAAGAGCACGCCGUUUUGCAGGUGGGUCUGUAAGGCCAGUCGUCAGACAGCAGAAAAUGCCGGCAAGGAUGAGUUCGUGCUGGAGCUUACGAACACCCACUCAGGUGUUUUCAACACAUUGCUUCGGAUUCCCAUUCAAGACUGGCUGAAGAUGGUGGGGGAAAAGAACGGCAGAAUUUUAGAGCUUUUUAAGCUAAGUACACGCACCUCUGAGUUGGUCCUGGUUGGAAAUAACCCCCCGCACUCAAAAUACCCCCCCAUCCGGUCCCCUUACCCCGCCUCCUCCUCCCCAGUGCUUUUAAAAACCGCAACGACCGUCUCCUCCACAUCGUCUGUAAACAGCCAUGAGUCACCACAGCUCUGGAACUCCCUCUGCUCUAACCCCAGCAUCCUUUCGGCCAGCAGCUGCUUCUACUCCAGCCGGGAACCCCGUGAUGGAUCUUGCUACUCCACCGCAGAGUCCCCACCGGGGGUCAUCAUCUCCGGCUGCUAUGCUUCCAGAUUCGCCGCUCCUGCCUCCAUCACCUCAAGGUUGGAACUCUCCCGGCCACCCUGCUCUCGGCUGGCAAUCACCCGAACAGACCCCGGUAAACAACCCAGUCUCCGGUGUCUCGCUCUGGGCCUUGGGCGACCCUGUGUGCCGGGCUCUUUUCAGAGAGCCUGAAGACAAUGAUCCCCAUCCCGGGGUGCGCAGUGGACAAUCUUCAUCCCUGGACAUUGACGAGGCCGCUACUCUACUCCCCACAGCCGUUUUUGAACUUAUAAAACUAACUCUCAAGUACCUUGUCAUGUCGCUACUCCAGAAACACCGACAAGACGUGUGUCAAGGAUGCGCAGUCUCCCACCCCUCACAGAGACGCCAUUCUUGUC